GACCUCGUGCGCGAAGUUCACGAAGAAUACGUAAAAGCCGGUGCGGAAAUUAUCCAAACCAACACUUUCAGCGCAAAUUACAACAAGCUUCAGCAAUUCGGUUUGGACAAACAACUGCGUGAAAUCAACCUUUCCGCCGUCAAAAUUGCCCGCGAAGCCGCUGAAAAUAAAGUAUUCGUCGCCGGAACAAUCGGUCCUCUGGGUUUAAGAAUCGAGCCUUACGGACCGACUUCGUUUGAAGAAGCGAAGGCGAUGUUCAAACAGCAAGCCGAAGCCUUGCUCGAAGGCGGAAUCGAUCUUUUUGUGCUGGAAACUUUUUCGGAUUUAUCGGAGAUUCAGCAAGCCAUCAAUGCCGUGAAGGAAAAGAAGGCGGAAUCGAUCUUUUCGUGCUGGAAACUUUUUCGGAUUUAUCGGAGAUUCAGCAAGCCAUCAAUGCCGUGAAGGAAAUUUCCGACUUGCCGAUCGUUGCACAAAUUGCGAUUCAAAUGGACGGCAAUACGGUUUUCGGCGCAACGCCCGAAAUUUUCACGAAACGGCUCGAAGAUUGGGGCGCGGACGUGAUCGGGUUGAAUUGCAGCGUCGGUCCGGCUUUGUUUUUGACCGCGCUCGAAAAAAUGCGCGAAGCAACGACCAAAAAACUUUCCGCUCAACCG